AUGUCCAAGAUGGGCGCUGUGAGCCUCCGCGCCGUGUCCGAGUCGAAGAAGAAGUUGCAGCUGCUGCAGACCAUGGAGCGCCGCAUGCUCGAGAUCCAACGUGCGCGCCAAGCGUUUGAGCGCAAGAAGUGCAACAAGAGCGUGAGCCCCAAGCGAAGCGAGCCGAGGAAGGAGCCCGAGCCGUCGCGGCGCGAUGACGAGCUCUCCUUGGCCCAGUUUGGGGAAGCGGGUGGCGUCUUCUUGACGCAGCUCCCGACGCAGCACAAGCGGCACCACGUGCACAAGAGCCGACAUGCAGUGUCAGCGUCGUCCGGCGAGGCAGCGAGUCUGUCGCCGCCCAAGCAAACACACGGCAACCACCACCAUCACGGGAAGCGCGUCAAGCAGCUCCACCGCCAUGUCCCGUACGAGCUGCUCGUCGACGACGCGACUGCUGGUUAA